AUGGAGGAUCUCCAACUGCCGGAGCCACCAUCCAAUGGCGGCGCGGCCGAGUUGAUUGAUGUACUGGCCGCGCCUUUACCCGGUACCAAGCGGCAGCAUCGCCCUAGCGUGUGCCUUGGGGAGAUUGGCGACCAGCCCGCUGCCAUUCCCUCGAAUCCCCUAAUGCAGCGGCCUAAACAGUGGAAGCUUUCAGCUCCCGGAUAUCACGCCAAGCCCCGUGUUUUCCACCAUAGAUUGCCUUCCAAGACUCGUCAAAUUGCUGCCAAACUUGACUCUCGCGGUGACGACGGGCCGGGCACCCUCCCUCCUCUGCUUCCCACUCUGCCCGACGACGGAGUUCUCCUCUCUGUCAACGAUAGCCUCGACUCGCUCGUGCCGAGAGUAAUUAAGGUCCAGCGUGAUCCGAAGCCAUGGCGGGGUGCAAGGCGGGUUCGAUCAAACUGGGUCUUGAAGGCGGAUGAAGGCAUGGAAGACGCAGAUUUCAAAACUGGUGGCGGAGAGGAUGCUGCAAAUGAUGGGUUUACGGAAGGGUCUGAUAGCCCGUCUUGA